UUUGCUUCACACAAGCAUGUCAUACACGCACAGGGUUAACCUAAAUCACUGGUAUCCGAGAUUAGCUGGCUAACGUUAAGCUAGCUUCACAAGUCAAAGUAUCAGCUCGCCGCCAGCAUUAUCGUUACAUAAUGAGCCACACUACAGAGAGACCUUAAAUCUCCUAAGAAGUCCUAAUUGAAGUAACUUACUGGCUAAAACAAGGACUUUUGAGGAAGCUUGGUGUUUUCAAGGCGGCAGUGUGUACGGGACCCGACGUGACGCGGCACAGUGGGACUGGCUUUCCUCCACUCUGCCUGCAUUCAUAAACGGAUAUGAUAAACGAGCGCUGAAUAUACCGGAGCAGCGACAACAGUCAGGUCUGACCAUGGCGGAAGAGGACGACGCGAGGAUCCGUAUUUUACAGAGCCUGCGGGGUAAAAUAUGUGAAGCUAAGAACCUAGGUCCAGUCUCAGGCCCAAAUCGACAAAGGGAUCUCUGCACCUUUUCCACUGUAAGUCUGGAUCAGGAGGAGGUGUUCCGUACCAAGGUGUUUGACAAAAGCGGCAGCCCUUUCUAUGGAGAGGACUUCUACUUUGAGAUCCCACGUCCAUUUCAGUGUUUAUCCUUCUACGUUUAUGCCAAGAGUGUUUUCCAAAGAGACCUACCCAUUGGCAAGGUGUCGAUCAGGAAGGAUGAUCUGUGUAAAUACAGUGGGAAGGAGCACUGGUUUAGCCUUCAGCCAGUAGAUCCUAACUCAGAAGUCCAGGGUAAGGUUCACUUGGAGAUGCGAUUGAAUGAAGUGAUCACAGAGAAUGGCUCAGUAGGUCAACACUUGCUAGUCCGGUGAGUACCAAGAUCCCGUGUUGCCAAUCAAGUGAGGUUUGAUCCAGUUUGUUGUCUUAUGAGCUGGGAAUGUUUGCAGGGAAUCUGACAUCAAGGUAGAAUAGUGAGUGCUUCCACUGGCCUAAGAUCAAAUCCUGACAGUGAUGUGUUAGAGAUGAGGUUUUUCACUCUUUAUGAAGUUUGUGACAAAGUGCUUUACAUUAAAGGACUGA